AUGAGUUUACCAUUAUAUUGUAUUGAUAAAGAUGCAGUUUUAAAAGAUGUCUCAACUGAUAUUAAAUGGAGAAAUGGAAUUCCAAAUUAUACAAAAGCAAAUUCACUUUUUGAAAAAUAUAAAUCAACUAAUCAUCAACCAGGUUCAAUGAUAUCUAUUGUUGAAAAUAUUAUUAAAAAUUGGGAAAAAGAAGUAUCUCAUAAAACCGAUCCUCGUCAAUGGACAACAGUUGAUCUCGAUAAUUAUCGUUUUUCAUGUAAUGGUCAACAGAAAUAUUCCGGUUGGCAAAUGGUUAAAUUAGGUACAUAUAAUGCAUUAAUUGGACAAACAAAUUAUUAUGAUUCAAAUGCGAUAACAUUUGAAGAAUCUCAUAUUGCUUUUAAAAGAUCAUUAGGUGAAGGUUUUGCAUGGGAAAUUGUUGAACUUUAUUCUGGUCCACCAACAAUUACAUUUACAUGGAAACAUUUUGGUCGAAUGACAGAUUAUUUUUCUUGUCCAGGUUUAUCUGGUUUGGUUUAUAAAGCUGAUCCAACUAAUAAAAUGGUUAAAAUUUAUGGAAUGUGUAAAAUUACUGUUAAUGAAAAUUAUCAAAUUCAAGAUUUACAAGUUUUUUAUGAUCCAAAUCAAUUAUUUACACAAUUAACUGAAAUUUGUCCAUUUGCACCAUUUAUGAAAUUACCAAAUAAUAAUCUUACAAAAAAUAAAGCAAAUGAAAAAGAACAAAAUAAUAUUCUUCCAUUUUCUACUAACAAAAAUUUAAAAAAUGAAGAUUACGUUAAGAAUUCAACAAAUCCUCAAUCAAAAAUGUGUACUAUUUGUUAA